AUGGCUGCUGCGGCUGCUGCGGCUGCUGCUGCUGCUUCGGCGGUGGCGGCGGAGGAGAAGGAGGGGGAGGAGAGGGCAUGGAAGGAGAUGUUGAUGAGGAUGCUUCCUCCGGGGGCGCCUGUUCCGGACGAGGAGCAGCUCGACUACUCGAUAGCGAUGGAGUAUGUCGGCCCUACGGUUCCUCACGACGUCCCCCAAAUCCAUCCCGUGGAUGCACGCUUCCUCAUGGGCCAGUCUGCUUCUUCUCUGGUGUCCGUUCAGGAAUACUUGGCUCCGCAGAGAAGAACCAGUCUCAGCCGGCGGUUGAGCCAGCGGUUCCUUGGUGCUGUGGAGCGGUCGCAGAGACAGGAGAUGAUGGAAUCGGAGGGAGAGGAGGCGUACAGUCCGAGGGCGUCGUCUUCUUCUGUCCAUGAUCAGAGUCCCCCUUCCGGAUCUCCGGCGGAACCUGCGGCGGUGACGUUUAACCAUGUGGAUGAGCCGGGGAGGGAUGAAGAUGAAGUUUCCGAACCAAUUGGUCGGUCCGGUGCCAUCUCUGAGGGCCGGAUCGGGGAGAGGAAGAGAGGAGUAUGCUCCAGGUGUGGGAAGGGGAACGUCUUGAGGGAGAGGGAAGCCUGUCUGGUGUGUGAUUCGAGGUACUGUAGCAAUUGUGUGCUCAAGGCUAUGGGCUCUAUGCCGGAGGGGAGGAAGUGCGUGAGCUGCAUCGGACGCCCGAUCGACGAGUCGAAGAGGUCGAGCCUGGGGAAGAGCUCGAGGAUGCUCUGUAGACUGUGCAGCCCCCUGGAGGUGCGGCAGAUCAUGAAGGCGGAGAAGGAAUGCCCAGCGAACCAGCUGCUUCCGGAGCAGCUGGUUGUGAACGGACGACCACUGAGGCAGGAAGAGCUGGAUGAGAUCCUUGGUUGCCCUAUUCCUCCUCGAAGGUUGAAGCCGGGGCGAUACUGGUACGACAAGGACUCUGGGCUGUGGGGUAAGGUGAGAGAUGGAUUUCUUCGCCUCAUCUCUUUCCCUCUUCUCCCCCCUCCCUCGAAUACCAUCCAAAUUUCAUCCUGAAAGCCUGAUAAAAAUAAAGCGAGCACUUGUUCCCCCUGGUUCCUACAGAGGCAUGAGAAUUUGGAGAAGGCCCGCUAAUCACAGAGAAUCAUCCACUCUCUAGAAAUCGGGGACAAAAAAUCGACCGAUGUUCUUUUCCUCUUUUUUUUUUUUUCUCGAGACAGAAAUAUUUAGCUAGAAUAGAAGCAGGAAAAUAUCAGCCUUUUCUUUAUUCUAUCCUUGUUUUGUCCAGAUAGUUUCCUGAUUGUUCAUCAGUGUUGGAUAGUCUGCUGGCCCCGAAACUGUUUUUACUCGUCUUUUACUUUCUUUGGAGGCUAACUGGUUCUUGUAUGUGUCGGAUUUCAGGAGGGCGAGAAGCCUCAUUUAAUCAUUAGUUCAAAGCUAAAUGUAGGGGGGAAGCUACGGACUGACGCAAGCAACGGCAACACACAGGUGUACAUAAAUGGCCGUGAAAUCACAAAGACAGAGCUCAGAGUAUUGAAGGUGAAUUUUUGUUUGGCCUUAUUUGAUCAAAUUAUGCAUGGCAUAGCUGUGAGGAGCUCAAGCACAGCUGGAGCCAUCGUCUUAUGUAACUUCUUUCACAAACAUUGUCAUGAUACAGUUCUUUUAUUUGUUCGCUAUAAUGCAAUUCAAGCGAGGGCGCCACCACAAAUCUCAUGUUCCUGUACAUCAAAUAGAACUUAUGCGUGGAGCUUUCAUUCCCAACGUGGAUAGAUUCUUGACUCAUAUAUUUGCUUCAUGGGUUCCUUCAAAAUGCCAAAUAAUAUGACUUGGCCAAUCUCGUGUUCCUGUUAAUGUGUGUCAUCGUGGCCUCAUUCCUCAUACAUCAGACGUACUUUAUUUGUGCAGCUUUGCGUUAUUAGCUUUUCUCUGCUCUGUGCAAUCAAAUACUCUCCCAAUAUUUUUGGUUUUUUCAUCUCGAAGGUUUGAAAUCUGGUGAAUUGUAAUUGAUUUCAGCCUCCCCUGUCUCUGACUUUUGUCUAAAUACGCGUUAUGCACGAAAAAGGAAAAGUAAAAGGAAGAGAAGGGAAAAAUAAGUAAAAAAGCGGAAAGGAAUUCGGAGGUUUGGUUGGCAAACAAGCAAGGAAGCAAGGAGCAGAAGAGGGGGAAAUAAUGAAGUGGAAAAAAGGAUGCUGCCAUGCCCUUUUCUGUAUCUUUCGAAGAUUAAACCCAUCACAACCAUUGCUAGGGCCCUUCACUAAUUUUUAGUAUCGUGUUGAUAGCAUGGUCAUACUCACGUUCCUCUGCCAAUUCAUCAAGGGGAGAUCGUCAAGAUGCCAUCAUCUAUAGCAUAGUCUCUUCUCCAAGAGAUGGGGUUUGUCGGUUUGCUGGGUCAACGGCAGAAAACAAGGAAUAAUCGACGGGAAUACAUGAGGAGAAGAAACUGAAUGAAUAUUGCGACUGCUGAAAAAUCAAUUUGAUAUGUGGAAAAAAGUGAACAAGGUCGAGCAUUGCAGAAAUGAAGUAACGUGCUGCAUCUGCACCGGAAAGGGCUGCAGAUGACUUUGUACUAUCACGAAAAACAGGCCUGAAGAAUGUCAUGUGAGAAUAAAGCAUACAGUACUGGAAAAUUGAGAAAGGUCAGAAGUUAGUGAGAGAUUGUAGGUUUAAUCUUUAAUAGUCAGCAAAGUUGUUAUUUAUUUAUAUAUUUGAUUUGUAUUUUAUUAAAUAUGAUUAUAUGAUAAUAGGAUUGACAAGAUACUUUGUUUGAGAAGAGAAGAUUAGUAGCCUAAUCUCCAUUUUGGGGGUUUUAUUGACGUCAUGGUCCGGUUUGGCAUGGGUCCACUAUCAAAUGAGGAUGAAUACCAAGAGCUGUUGGUGAACCCUGUUCAGGAUGCUUUCUGCCCGAAAAUCCCUAGCAGAUUCUCUUGAUAUCAAGCUUCAGAGUACUAGUUUGUAGGCUCAUCUUUGUUCAAACUCUCUGGUGCUUUUUAAAUCUCUGUCCACAUUGCCCAUUGUGUGUUUUUACCCGAUAUUUCUUUCUGUUCAGUUGCUAUCUUCUACUUUCCUAGAACGUGUUCGCAGGUUUUAAGAAGUGAUUGAUUUAUGUUGAACGUUUGAUAUGCAUUUUAUCAUUUAAUUUUCUUUUUCAGUUGGCCAAGGUACAUUGUCCUAGGGAAACUCACUUCUGGCUAUAUGAUGAUGGUUCCUACGAGGAGGAGGGUCAGAAUAAUAUUAAAGGAAACAUUUGGGGAAAGGUACUAUUCAUGUUGUCAUUAUAGCCGAGUAAAAUAAAUCUUGUGCUCAAAAGUUUCUUCCUAGAGUUGUAGAUUGAUUGUUAAAUACUUUUGUUCUUUGCUAGUCAGGCAUCAACUCGUCUCAUUUGUUCUUUAUUCUCAUUGCCAACACCGCCGGGGAAUUCCAAUGGGAUAAGUGAACAUUCGCCUACUUUUUCAACUAGGUCUGUGCCAAUGUAUCAAGUAGGUCAGAAGCUCUUGUUACUUGGUCCAGAAGGCUCAGGAUCCAGCACUAUCUUCAAGCAGGUCUUCUUUUUUCACUCUCAUUUCCCUCAAUUCUAGCUUUUUGCAAUCUACGUAUCUGUUGACUUAUGUGUUAUGAAGUUACACGAGUGAAUGUCGCCCAUCAUUUCGUGGGGUUUCCACUGAUUUUGUGGAUGCAGUUCUCACUUUUCUAACUUGCUAAAUUAAGUGUGAGAAGGAGGGAUUUCCCUGCAAAAUUCUGUAUUGCACAUUGUGCCAUUUCUAAUUUUGUGUUUCAUGUUGAGCUAUUUCUCAAAAGAAUGAUGCGCAUUUGGAGCCAUAAUGCAAUUGACCUGAUGUGAAUUUUAUAAUCUCGAAUCGUGAUUUUUUGGGGAUUUUGAGAGAUUUUACUUGUUAAAGACCGCGAAUGAACCUGUUACUCUCUUGAACAGGCCAAGUUCUUAUACGGAAACAAGUUUUCUCCGGAAGAAUUGCAUGAGAUCAAACUCAUGAUUCAAAGAAACAUGUACAAGUAUCUUGGCACUUUGCUUGAAGGGCGGGAGCGCUUUGAAGAGGAAGCUUUGGAAGGGAAAAACUGUACCAUAGAUGCUGCUGCCUCUGAUGCAAGUACGACUCUCCUUUCAUUUUCUUUGUCCUUCAGUUGUAUUCCCAUCUUCACUACCGUCUAAUGCGAUCUUGGUGGCAUCUUGUUAGAUGCCCAAAUUUCUAGUUCUCAGUUUUACUGAGGUUUCACUUGUUCAUGGAAAUAUUUUCUAUUUUAGUUUAUAAUACUGUAGGACGCUUCUUUUUGUUUCUUUGGUCAGAAUUUAAUUAUCUUUCUUACACGUUCUUGUCAUGCGAGCAUUAAGCUAAUUAGUACUUGAUUCUUAUUUAUAAUUUCUCCAAGUAUUGACACACCUCAUAUGGGCUGAGAGUUUGAGCAAUUCCAGUCUACCCUAAAUGCUCAUGGAUGCAAUGCUACCAUCAUGCAUACUAACAUUCUGAGAAAAAAAACACUCUGAUCAAAUUUAUGGAUAUGGACUUCCGUUAUAUCUGCCUUCCAAUCUCGGAUUGGUUUCUUCAUGUUCUUCAGACCACACUAAGGUCCAUAGUAAAAAAUAUCUUGAAUAGCAGAAAAAAGCAACAUUCAGUGACUUAUUGUUGUCUGUUCAGGGGAUGAUGGGGGGGAAACCAGGCCAUGUAUUUAUUCUAUCAACAAAAGGCUGAAGCAUUUUUCUGACUGGCUUCUGGAGAUCAUGGCUAUGGGCGACUUGGAGGCUUUCUUUCCAGCUGCGACUCGUGAAUAUGCUCCAGUGCUGGAUGAGUUCUGGAAGGAUCCGGCGAUUCGAGAGACAUACAAACGGAAGAAUGAAUUGCACUCCCUUCCUGAUGUUGCCAGCUAUUUUCUCGAUCAGGUAUGUCUAAACCAGAUUCUAGAACUUUUCUGUGGCCGUUGAUUCUACUUAGAUGCCACUCUUUCUAUUUUCUCUGUUUUUUCGUCUUUAUGAUGCUAUAUCAGCCGCACAUUGGUUGACCCGGUUGAUAUCCUGUGGGUAGGAAGCAUCUUCUUUAAUGUGAGAGAUACCGCAGUUGACUAACAGGCAAAUUAAUUAUUUUUCGAAUGCAUCGUUUUUUGGUUUCUCUGUUUUUCUGUUUGAGGGAUGGUGUAGAUUAGUCUCAAAUCGGAUGAACUAGCUAAUCUGUUAGGCAACAGGCAUCUUUAAUGCUAGAUCUCUGCGGUUAUUCCGGAAUAUCCAUUUAAGGAAAGCGUAAGUUGACUUUAUGGGCUGGCACACGUUGACUUAGGUUUCAACCGUCUCCAGGCCAUCGAGAUAUCCAGCAACGACUAUGAACCUUCCGAGAAGGACAUCUUGUACGCCGAGGGGGUCACCCAGUGCAACAGCCUCGCCUUCAUCGAGUUCUCCCUGGACGACCGGAAUCCCCUAUCGGAGCCCUACCCGGACAAGCACGACUGCCCGCCUCCCCUAUCAAGGUCAACUCUCUUCUCGAACUCAAACGCCAAGUCAAACCUCAUGGGUGAAACUGCGCCUAAUGCCCCACCUCCUUUCUCUCUGCCUCUCUCUUUUUGCAGGUACCAGCUGAUCCGGGCCAGCCUGAGGGGCCCGACGGAGGGGUGCAAGUGGCUGGAGAUGUUCGAGGACGCGCGGGCAGUAAUCUUCUGCGUGGCGCUGAGCGACUACGACCAGGUGUUGGCCCGCGGGCCGGGCCAAGCUAGGAACAAGAUGAUGGCUAGCCGGGACCUCUUCGAAGGGGUGGUGCGGCACCCCUCCUUCAGGGGGACCCCCUUCGUGCUGCUGCUCAACAAGUACGACGCCUUUGAGGAGAAGAUCGGCCGGAGCCCGCUGGCCACCUGCGAGUGGUUCAGGGACUUCAGCCCUGUGAGUGCCCAAGGCGGCAGCGGCCAGUCACUCGCGGGGCACGCCUUCUACUACAUCGCCUGUAAAUUCAAGGACCUCUACUUCUCCCUCACCAGGCAGAAGCUCUUUGUGGGGCAGACCCGGGCAAGGGAGCGGGCCACGGUGGACGAGGCCUUCAGGUACAUACGGGAGGUCCUCAAAUGGGAGGACGCCAGGCAGGGGAACCUCUACGGGCUCGCCGAUGAAUCCUUCUUCAGCACCGAUAUCAGCUCCUCCCCUUUCAUCCGCCAGGAGUGA